AUGGCUGCUUCUCUCUUCCGUACCUCUACCCGCGCUGCCCUCCGUUCCGGAGCUUCGGCUACUCCCAGAGCUGGCGUUGCGGGCUUGACUUUCGCCCGGGGCAAGGCUACUCUGCCUGACCUUUCGUAUGACUAUGGUGCUCUGGAGCCUGCCAUCUCUGGUCAGAUCAUGGAACUUCACCACAAGGCUCACCACAACACCUACGUCAACAACUACAACGCCGCCGUUGAGCAGCUCCAGGAGGCUCAGCACAAGGGUGACAUUUCCGCUCAGAUUGCUCUCAAGCCCGCCAUUAACUUCAACGGCGGUGGUCACCUGAACCACACUCUCUUCUGGGAGAACCUGGCCCCCAAGAACGCUGGUGGUGGUGAACCCCCGUCGGGUGCUCUCGCUUCUGCCAUUGAUAACACUUUCGGUGGUCUUGACAAGCUCCAGGCACAGAUUAACACUGCUCUUGCUGGUAUCCAGGGCAGUGGCUGGGCUUGGCUCGUCAAGGACAAGCAGACUGGUCAGAUUAGUGUCCGCACCUACGCUCUGACACACAACAGAACCAGGACCCUGUCGUUGGCCAGUUCCAGCCCCUCCUCGGUAUUGACGCCUGGGAGCACGCCUACUACCUCCAAUACCAGAACCGCAAGGCCGAGUACUUCAAGGCCAUCUGGGACGUCGUCAACUGGAAGGCCGUUGAAAAGCGCUUCUCUGGUUCCCGGCGAUAGACAGGGCUUCCGGGCCUUCUUUGCCAACGCUCUCCGGCCCAAAAGGUCUCGCCGAGUCCUCCGCAAGGCUAACGCAUCCACUCCGGACCUUCGCUCAACUGCCCUGGCACAAAAGCUCGACGAUGAUAUCCCCCCGGUACCUAAACUCGCCCCGUUGCAGGCUCAUCAGGAGAAAUACCGGGCAGCAACAGGACAAAUCGACUCGCAAUUGGGAGAGAACCGCGACUACACCACAAUCCUACACUCACUCGGAAUUCAUGGCACGGGGAACCACGAACAAGAUGCUGAGGACUGGGAAUAUGACCCUGAACGACCAGGCGAGCCAUUAAUAGCGAGUCUAUCAAUGACGCUCUGGGGCAUGAUAGCCGAGAAUCUUGAUCCCGCCGCCAGAGCCAGCUUAGCUUUCGCCAACAAAACCUUGUUCAAUCGACUCGGUCCAGGUCCCUGGAUCGAACUGGGCUAUCCCGAAAACCGCGAGUAUCGGGCUGAGUUCCUGGUGUCGCAGGACCGCUUCUUACCGCAUCAUUUGCUCUGCUUCCCCUGUGCGAAAUUCCACCGUCGAACGCAAGAAGGUCGCGAGAAACUCCAGCCCGCAAAUGUCCUCAAUCCGCUCUUCGAGUGCCCGAAUGCGCGCAACACAGCGCUGCCCGCACCCCGUCACCGAAUCACCCACGGCCGUAACCUAUACUUCGCCUUCGUCCAGCUCGCACUGCGCGCCUACCGCUUCUCCCCCAGAUAUGGCAUCACCGUCGAAUCCCUCUCCCGUCGCUGGCAACGCGACGGCUGGUCCCACCACUCCCGCUACCUCGUUAACAGAGGCCGCCUGCUAAUGCGAGUCGUAAGCUCGACCUUCGCACCCCCGGACCUACCUCCCUCCUCGCAGCGCCUCCUCCUCUACUCCCGCGACGACUACUGGCCGUUCUUCUCUGCGUGCGCACACUGGCGUGAUGGUGAACUCAUGAAUACCUGCAAAUGCGCGCUAAACCAUAUCCCCAAACCCCGCGCCACAGCCGGCCUGCAAGGCUUCGAACAUAGAGCCAAAGAUAUGUCUCACGGUCGCACCUACAACCCCAAUGCUAUCACGACACUCUGCGGGAAAUGUCGUCCCAUGCGUCGCUGUCCCGACUGUCCCUCCGAAUACCUCGUUGAGAUCAAACUCACCGAAGACCGCGAAAACCCGAAGAGCAUACACUUCCGACAUGCCAUCGUCGUCACGCGCUGGUGUGAUCUCGGUGAUGGAACGAGUCCGAGAUCCUCGCCGGAGUGGGCGGCAGUCAAUGGAGAAGGGGAAAGAUAUGACUCGUUCAAGGCAUUAGGGAAGAGAACUAUCUCGGGGACAUUCGAAUCGGCGCUCACAGACGAUACCAUUCCUGGUCAACGGGUUCUGAAUAUGAAUCCAAGGGGGAAGAGGCUGGGUGAGGCGGGGACGAAUUGGUAUUGA